AUUUAUUGGCAUAAAAAUUGAAAUCUUAUUCCAAGGCUCACAAUCAAUCCGAUUGGUCCCCCUCUACGUACUUGUGCAAAUGCCGCAUACAGCUUAGCUCAAACGACAACACAAGAUGAAGAUGGAGCCCCGCACUUUAACCGUCAAACCUCCCGGCUUCCACUUCCCAACAAACAAACUCCCCCGCCGCCACGUCUCCUUCCGCCGCGUCGUCACCGCCGAAUGCACCCCCCCGGCCGGGCGCCGCGAUGUGCUCAUCGCCCCCUUGCUCGCCCUCGGAGCGUACGCGCUCCACUCGGCCGCGGCCAAGGCGGACGAGACGGCAGAAUCAACUAAGCAGCAUGUCAAGGACGAGACGAUUAAUUCGAGGAUCUACGACGCAACGGCGAUAGGAGAGCCGCUGGCGCUGGGGAAGGACAAGAGCAAGGCGUGGGAGAAGAUGAUGAACGCGCGGAUCGUGUAUUUAGGCGAGGCCGAGCAGGUCCCGACGCGAGACGACAAAGAGGUGGAGAUGGAGAUCGUGAGCAAGCUGAGGAAGAGAUGCGCUCAAGCUGAGAGGCCCCUGUCGUUGGCCUUGGAGGCUAUUCCUUGUGAUUUGCAGUCCCCCCUCAAUAGCUAUAUCCAAGGCAGGAUCACUGCAGACGCCCUCGAGUCUUUACUAACGCAUUGGCCGUCACAGCGCUGGCAGGAAUACGAGCCUCUGCUCACUUACUGCCGCGAUAAUGGAGUUCCGGUUAUUGCCUGCGGCCUCCCCCUUGAGGUUUUGAGGACAAUUCAAGGUGAAGGGGUAGGCGGGCUCUCGGAAAGUGACCGGAAGAAAUAUGGUCCGCCUGCAGGGUCGGGCUUCAUCUCAGGGUUCCGGUCUAUCUCAAGGCGAUCCUCAUCAUCUUCUUCGUCCUCCUCCUCUCUUGACAUAAAUUUCUCAAGUCCGCCUGCUCCGUUCGAGCCAAGCUCCUACUUCUCCAUGCAAGCCAAAGUGGUGGAGGACUACUCCAUGUCUCAGAUCAUUCUACAGGCCGUUACAGCCAGUGGGAGCAACGGGAUGCUGGUAGUAGUGACGGGCGCCAACCAUGUCGCCUACGGGGCCAGAGGGACGGGUCUACCCGCAAGAAUAUCCAGAAAGAUCCAGAAGAAAAAUCAAGUAGUGAUAUUGCUUGACCCUGAGCGCCAGUAUAUCAGGAGGGAGGGAGAAGUCCCUGUCGCGGACUUCUUGUGGUACUCGGCUGCCAGGCCCUGCAGUCGGAACUGCUUCGAUCGUGCUGAAAUCGCUCGAGUCAUGAAUGCUGCUGGAACUAGGAGAGAAGCCUUACCUCAGGACCUUCAAAACGGACUUGAUCUCGGUCUAGUGUCCCCUGAAGUACUACAGAAUUUCUUUGAUCUAGAGCGAUAUCCGAUCAUCUCCGAACUAACACACCGUUUCCAGGGCUUCAGAGAAAGACUACUGGCAGAUCCCAAAUUUCUACACAGAUUGGCCAUAGAAGAGUCCAUAUCAAUCACCACAGCCCUGGUAGCUCAGUACACGAGGCGCGGAGACAGAUUCAUCCAAGAGCUGGACUAUGUUAUCACGGACACAGUUAGAGGGAUCGUGGUGGAUUUCUUCACCGUGUGGCUCCCGGCGCCCACGCUGUCGUUCCUCCCUGUCGUGGACUCUGCUGCCCCGGACAGCUUGGAAGCGGUGAAGGGCCUGUUGGGGUCCAUCCCGGACAAUGCUUUCCAGAAGAAUCCGGUCGGGAGGGACUGGAACGUGAGCCAUAGAAUAGCAUCAGUGGUGUUUGGUGGUCUAAAGCUGGCCAGUGUGGGAUUCGUCUCCAGCAUUGGCGCGGUGGUCUCGUCAAACAUACUGUACCUGUUUCGGAAGCUCAUCAAUCCGAGCUUUGCUGCGAUGGAGCAGAACAAACGCUCGCCUAUACUCAAAUCCGCCCUCGUCUAUUCAACCUUCCUCGGAACAUCAGCAAAUCUGCGCUAUCAAUUUAUUGCAGGAAUAGUGGAGCAUAGGAUAUCGGAGGAGAUCGCGGACCAGCCAUUGCUAGUAAACGGGAUAUCGUUUGUGGCUCGAACGAUAAACUCGUACUUGGGAACGCAGCAAUGGAUUGAUUUGGCAAGGUACACAGGAGUGCAGGCUAGUAAGAAGGAAGAAGAAAUAGUAGUAACAUCGUAUGAAGUGUUAGAAGAUGCUACCAACAACAUUGAUGAAGUUGAAGCCAACCAGCAAUAGGCUGAGUAUCUUCCAAAUGCCAUUCAUUCUUUCACAAUUUUGGCUAAGUGUACAUUGAGAAUGGACAACCACAGGAAUACUUUCAAUCAAUUUUCAUUAAUAAUAUUUUUUAUAGAAUUCUUCGAUCA